AUGGCAGUUACGGAUGCUAAGAAGGCAACGUUUGCUUGUCUGUAUGAGGAACUAGGGAACAAAGGUGGGGAGAAGAAGCUAUUCCGACUCGCUAAGGUGAGAGAGAGGACGGCUCGGUAUCUAGACCAAGUCAGGUGCAUAAAAGAUGAUGACGGAAAAAUUUUGAUGGGGGAUGACCAGAUUAAGUGGAGAUGGCAGACCUACUUUCAUAAACUUCUGAAUGGAGAAGGGGAUCAUGAUAUUGUACUAGGUGAUUUGCGAAAUGCCGAUAGACUACGUGAGAUAAGUGAUUGUAUAGACAUUGAGGUCGAUGAGGUCAUGGAGGCAACGCGUAAGAUGAGGAGGGGCAGAGCUACCGGGCCAGACGAAAUUUCGGUUGAACUUUGGAGGUGUGUGGGCAGAGCAGGCUUGGAAUGGCUUACUUGGUUGUUUAAUGUUAUAUUCAAGACUAAUAGGAUGCCUGAAGAGUGGAGGUGGAGUAAAAUGGUUCCGUUGUAUAAGAACAAAGGCGAUAUCCAGAGCUGGGAGGUGCCAUGGUGUAUGCUAUUUGCUGAUGAUAUAGUCCUAAUUGACGAGACAAGACGCGGCGUCAACGAGAGACUAGAGGAUAAACCAGUUGGUUCGUGUAAAUGGUUGUUGAUUAGCUCUGGCUACUGGAUUUUGGCUAUGAAGAUUAUUUUCUGGGCUGUUGUGAAACUAUGUGGACCUGAGAUUGAAGGCCUGGCCUGGCCGGGUAUACUUUGGGCCUGCCUUAGGCCCACUAUAGCUAUUUUGUAA